AUGGUAUCUCAGUAUCCAACAUCGGACAUGCUCUUCUUCUUUGCCCUAGCGACCAGCGAGCGAGCGGGAGAAACCAGAUAGGAAGCUGAAUCUCAGUUCGUCGCGUCUUCUGCUUAAUCCUCCCAGAGGCAUUGAAGGGCGUAAUCUGGUAUUGAGGUUUUUUCAUUAGGGUAUAUCUCGUUAUGGACUUUGAUGAGUAUGAGUAUCUAGAGAAAACGGUCGAGAAUCCCCAACUCGAGAAAGAGAUUGCUAAUGGCGGUGAUGAGGUAGCUAAGUCCGAUGAGAAAGAGAAAGAGCGGAGUAGGAGCUCGAGACAUAGAAGCAAUGAGAAGAGGGGUGAAGACGACGAUGGUCGACGUUCCAAGAGGUCAAGAUCAGGAGACGAGUCACGGUCGCGCCACCGUUCCCGUUCUAGGGAUGCAGAUAGGCGGCAUCGAUCGAGAUCUAGAGAUGGGGAAAGGGAUAAGCACAGAAGUAGUAGGGAACAUAGGGAUAAGGAAAAAGAUAAGGAUCGUGAAAGAGAUCGAGACAGGGAAGAUAGAAACGGGAAAGAGAGAGAAAGGGAUAAAGAUAAGGGUCGGGACAGGAAAGAGCAUGACCGUGAUAGAGAGAGGGAGAAGGAUCGAUCACGGAGAAGCAGAAGUCGAUCAGAAAGGCAUCGAAGUCGUGAAAGAGAACACCGGGAAAGAGAUUCCAAGGACCGUGAUAGAGAAAGCAGACGACAUAAAGAUAAAAAGGAGGAUAAAGUAGAACCUGAGGCUGAUCCUGAAAGGGACCAGAGAACAGUUUUUGCUUAUCAGAUUGCUUUGAAAGCGUCUGAGAGAGAUGUGUAUGAGUUCUUCUCCAGAGCUGGGAAGGUACGAGAUGUACGCCUCAUUAUGGAUCGCAUUUCCAGGCGUUCAAGAGGAAUUGGAUAUGUAGAAUUUUAUGAUGCAAUGUCAGUUCCGAUGGCAAUCGCACUAUCUGGGCAGCCUCUUCUUGGUCAGCCUGUAAUGGUAAAACCAUCUGAGGCAGAAAAAAAUCUUGCUCAGUCAACAGCCACCGCAGCUGGAGCAGGAGGGCUAAUGGGUCCCUAUUCUGGCGGAGCUAGACGGCUUUAUGUUGGUAACCUGCACGUUAACAUGACGGAAGAAGAUCUUCGAAAGGUUUUUGAACCAUUCGGAACCGUCGAGCUGGUGCAGUUACCCCGUGAUGAAACUGGUCUUUGCAAAGGAUUUGGUUUUGUCCAGUUUGCCCGCUUGGAGGACGCUAGGAAUUCGUUGAAUCUGAAUGGCCAGUUGGAGAUUGCUGGUCGUGCAAUCAAGGUAUCGGCCGUGACAGAUCAAACUGGAGCCCAGGACGUCGGUCCAACACAAAAUACUGGUGAUUUGGAUGAUGACGACGGAGGUGGCCUGUCCCUGAAUGCACAAUCUCGAGCACUUCUCAUGCAGAAGCUUGACCGCAGUGGUACUGCAUCAAGCACUGGCAUGACUCCUGCGGCAUCUAUACCAGGUGCAGCGUCACUAAUCUCUCCUUUGGUCGCUCCUCUUGUACAAGGUUCCGUCCCUACCAUCGCUGGACUACCAGGGACAGGUAUUCUUCCUGGCAUAAGUAUCCCGACGGCCCUCGACCCCGUCGGUGUUCCUACCGAGUGUCUGCUACUGAAGAACAUGUUUGAUCCAAAUUCCGAGACCGAGCCUGAUUUCGACCUUGAUAUCAAGGAGGAUGUUCAAGAAGAGUGCUCUAAGUUUGGGAAGCUGAAUCAUAUUUUUGUCGACAAGAACAGCGCGGGUUUCGUGUACUUGAGAUUCGAAACUACACAAGCGGCCAUGAGCGCUCAACGGGCUCUCCACGGAAGAUGGUUUGCCGGAAACAUGAUUACUGCAACUUACAUGACUCCACAGGCUUACGAGGCGAAAUUCCCCGAGAGCAAGUAAAUGAUUACAGGACGAGGAAAGGUUAGUUUGGUCGGAUGGCGUGGAUGGUUUAACAUUACAAAUCUUUUGUGUCAAAGUACAGCCUUAGAUUAACAUUUCAAAUCAUAUUUGAAGAACCAAAAGUGUGUUUUGUGUAAUUUUUAACUUUGAUUUUCUCUUGAUUCAAACUUGUGCCCACA